AAACUUUGGUAGCUACAUGUACAUAGCUGCUAACAUCCCGCAUCAACAUCAAACAAUUACUCUAGGUACACGUACCUCCGCCAGCCCGUGUCUACUUAGAAUACGCGCCGCCCAUCCUCUUACGCUACCAGCAUUCUCCUAACCGCCAUGUCGAAGCCGUCACAGUUGCGCUCCCUCUACCGAUCACUCCUUCGAGAACUCCCUCCCAAACCACUCCCGUCUUCCUCUUCGCAAGUCCGUUCGCCUUUACAUCAACGAUUAAGACAAAGCUUCUCAAAUGAUCCGCCUCACGAGCACGUCGUCGCCCAGGCCGACCAGUUAGUACGGUAUCUUAAGGCACAAAGGCAAUAUACGACUCUGCUGGAGCGAUAUAAUCCAGGCAUGGGUAUGGAUGAGGAAGAGCGCGUCAGGCUGACCGCGCGUCGGGUCGGCAUGGAUUUGCCAGUAGAGUACGAGAAGCAAGACAAGAACAGUUGAAGUACAGGAUCAUAGGAGGAUAAGUUUGCGAAACAGUGCCAAUUCGCCUACACAACACCAUGAAUCUCAAACAGAAGCUCCGCUUCCAAAGGAAAACUCGCGACUCUACAGGCUGAGCUUAGCGAAGAGCUACAUGUUAACAGACCAUUCGCUACGAUAACAGGUUGGAACGAUUCAUAGAAUUGCGCGGCGCUGCUUGAAUU